AUGCCCCUCCACUUCUCCACCGAGCUCAUGCCGCUGCGCGUUGUGGGACCUAAGAGUAACGACGGUAAACCCUCUGUCAUUUUCAACCUUCCCGCCGCCCAGGACGAUGUGGUCUUUGACGGGGUCGCCAACGUCCCAGAUCCCAACGGCCACAACACCAAAGCCAUCGUUGCUGCUAGCGUCACAUUUCUGGUGGGUGGUGGUUGGGGAACGAACGGAGCCUGCCUGGCAACUGGUGGUUUGGCUCGGAGCAGUGACAGGGCGUUGAUAGUAGUGCCAGUUUGGUGGGGCGGUUUUAUUACAGUAGGAGCACCCGCCGCAUGUGUGGCUGCUGAUAAGCUUCAUGAAGUACUUCGCGAGGAGGAGCCUAGGAUUCUUGGUUCAAACGACAGAUUGAACAUGUCCAUGGGGUGA